AUGCUGUGCCGCAACUACCACAUCUUCUUCGUGCUGUUAUUUAUUUUGAAUUUCUUUGAUACGUCUACAUCCGCGCAGGAAGCAGUAGCAAAGGAUGUCGGUAAAUUGUUCCCCAAACAUGCUGGAAGCGCGUCUGCGCACACCAGUAACUGGGCGGUGCUAGUAUGCGCAUCCAGAUACUGGUUCAACUACAGGCAUAUGGCAAAUGCACUUGGCAUGUAUCGAACCGUCAAACGUCUGGGCAUACCAGACUCGAACAUCAUUUUGAUGCUCGCGGAUGACGUGGCCUGCAAUGCGAGAAACAAGUUCCCCGGGUGUGUGUACGCGAACCGCGGCCGUCACCUUGACCUCUACGGCGACAACAUCGAGGUAGACUACAGAGGGUAUGAAGUCACCGUCGAAAACUUCCUCAGAGUUCUCACAGGACGGAUGGAUCCUUCUGUUCCCCGCUCGAAGCGUCUCUUGACGGACGACCGGUCAAAUAUCUUCGUCUACAUGACUGGUCAUGGGGGUAACGAGUUUCUCAAGUUCCAAGACAACGAGGAAAUCAGUGCGUUUGAUAUAGCCGACGCGUUCGCCCAAAUGUGCCAGAAGAAGCGGUACAACGAGAUCUUCUUCAUGAUCGAUACAUGUCAAGCCAAUACCAUGUACACCAAGUUCUAUUCUCCAAACAUCCUCGCAACGGGGUCGUCUGAGAUUCACGAGAAUUCCUACUCCCAUGAGAACGAUAAUGACAUUGGCGUGGCAGUCAUCGAUAGUUACACUCACCACGUUCUCCAAUUCAUGGAAGGCAUCAACAAGACGAGUCAAAAAUCAAUGCAGGACCUCUUCGACACGUAUGACUUCGAGAAAAUUCAUUCCCACGCCGGUGUGCGAGCAGACCUCUUUGACAGGCCUCUUCAAGACACACUUGUCACCGAUUUCUUCGGUGGUGUUUCUCAAGCAGAAGUUCUCUCCGCCUUACUGGACUACCCACCUUCGGCGGAAGCGUUCUCGCAUUACUCAGAGGGUGCUGCUCCGCUUGAGAGCGAAAACGCGAGUGAUGUCCCCGCGUUACUUGCAGCUCCCUAUAUUGCCCAGUCGGCUGCAGUUAAAUUCAGGGAAGCCGUUGCAGGUGGCAUGGAUCCUGGAGAUAGAGACAUAAACAUCGGACAAAUACGAGCUUGGGGUUCCAUCAUCGUGAUAUUACUACUUGCAGGAUGGGUAGGUGUAAGGGGAACCUGA